ACUCUUCCUUAUUUGGACGGUUGAGGUGGGGGUCGGGUCUCACAUGGGAGGACAGCUGAAUUCAACCGACUAGAACAAAAAAGUCAGGCGUGAGACUCGUCGUCUGCUGGCGAGCGUGGAAGUUCAGCAGGGCAUCAGGUCUGAAGAUAAGAAGAGAGGAAGAGAGAGGAGGAGAAAGAGACGCAGCUUAGAGGGAAAGGGAGAUAAGAGAGGAGGAAGAGUGGGAGAAAAGCAAAAUGCCCACUAACUUUACUGUGGUCCCAGUUAAAGACGGCUCUGGAAAGGCAGAGGACGGCAACAAGGAGGAAGAUGUGGAUGAGAACAAUGUGCUGAGAGAGGAAGAAGAUCCUACAGGUGAUGGCGUCCCAAAGGAAAACAGUCCAUUCAUCAACAACACGGAACAUGACAAGAACAACAGUUACGACGGCACCAACAUGGCGCUUUUUGAGGAGGAGAUGGACAGCCACCCCAUGGUGUCAUCACUUCUCAAUAAACUGGCCAACUACACUAACCUCACCCAAGGAGCCCAUGAGCACGAGGAAGCUGAUGAAGAGGAGGGCGCCAAGAAGAAAUCCGUUAAGAGCCCUCAGAUGGGAACCUUCAUGGGCGUCUACCUCCCUUGCCUUCAGAACAUUCUGGGGGUCAUCCUGUUCCUGCGCCUUACCUGGAUUGUCGGCACGGCCGGCAUCCUGGAGUCUUUGGGGAUCGUGGGCCUGUGCUGCGCAUGCACGAUGCUGACAGCGAUAUCCAUGAGUGCAAUUGCUACUAAUGGCGUUGUACCAGCUGGAGGCUCCUACUACAUGAUCUCCAGGUCUCUGGGUCCAGAGUUUGGAGGAGCAGUCGGUCUCUGUUUCUACCUGGGAACAACCUUCGCAGGCUCCAUGUACAUCUUGGGUACUAUUGAGAUUCUGCUGACCUACAUUGUGCCUCAAGCAGCCAUCUUCAUAGCAGAGCAAAAGGAGGACGAAGUUGAUGCCCUGCUCAACAACAUGCGUGUCUAUGGCACAUGCUGCCUUAUACUCAUGUCUAUAGUUGUCUUUGUUGGAGUCAAAUACGUCAACAAACUGGCACUGGUCUUCCUGGCUUGUGUCAUUCUCUCUAUCCUCGCCAUCUACGCUGGAGUCAUAAAAUCCAUUUUUGAGCCGCCAGAUUUUCCAGUCUGCAUGUUGGGGAACAGGACACUAAAAAACAACGACUUCGACAACUGUGUGAAGACGGAGAUCAUAGAUAACCUGACGGUCACCACCAAGCUGUGGAGUAUCUUCUGUGAAGGACCUGAGCUCAACGCCACCUGCAACGAGUACUUUGAAAACAACAAUCUGACACUCGUUCAAGGCAUCCCUGGCCUGACCAGCGGGGUCAUCUCAGAAAACAUGUGGUCGCAGUACGGCCCUCUUGGCAAGUUGGUGGAAGACAAGAAGCUGUCCUCUGUUGGUGGAAGUGACCCCGCCAAGGACAUUUACCUUCCCUACGUGGUCAACGACAUCACCACCUUCUUCACUCUGUUGGUUGGAAUCUACUUCCCUUCUGUCACAGGCAUCAUGGCGGGUUCGAACCGCUCAGGUGACCUGAGGGAUGCCCAGAAGUCCAUCCCCAUUGGAACCAUCCUGGCUAUUGCCACCACUUCUUUCAUCUAUAUCUCCACCGUGGUUCUCUUUGGCGCCUGUAUCGAGGGAGUCCUUCUUAGAGACAAAUUUGGGGAUUCGGUGAAAGGGAACCUUGUCAUCGGCACGCUGUCCUGGCCCUCGCCCUGGGUCAUUGUGAUCGGCUCCUUCUUCUCCUGCUGCGGAGCGGGUCUGCAGAGUUUGACCGGCGCUCCUCGACUCCUGCAGGCUAUCGCUAGAGACGGCAUCGUCCCUUUCCUGCAGGUGUUUGGACAUGGGAAAGCUAACGGAGAACCGACGUGGGCUUUGCUGCUGACCGCCGGGAUCUGUGAGAUCGGCAUCCUCAUCGCCUCCCUGGACGCCGUAGCUCCUAUCCUUUCCAUGUUCUUCCUCAUGUGCUACCUGUUUGUCAACCUGGCCUGUGCUGUUCAGACGCUGCUGCGAACGCCCAACUGGAGACCACGCUUCAGAUACUACCACUGGACGCUGUCCUUCCUGGGGAUGAGCUUGUGUCUCGCCAUCAUGUUCAUCUCUUCCUGGUAUUAUGCCAUCAUUGCCAUGGCGAUCGCCGGCUGCAUCUACAAAUACAUCGAGUACAGAGGAGCUGAGAAAGAAUGGGGAGACGGCAUCAGAGGCCUCUCCCUUAACGCCGCCCGCUACGCCCUCAUUCGCCUGGAGGAGGCUCCACCGCACACCAAGAACUGGAGGCCUCAGCUACUGGUGCUCCUGAACCUGGAUUCAGAUCAAGGGGUCAAACACCCUCGACUGCUGUCCUUAACCACUCAGCUGAAGGCGGGAAAGGGCCUGACGAUAGUGGGGAACGUUUUACAGGGAACCUACCUCAUUAGGGAGACAGAGGCCAAGAAGGCCGAGCAGAACAUCAAGGCAGCGAUGUCUGCGGAACGCACCAAGGGUUUCUGUCACGUUGUGGUGUCCUCCAACCUCAGAGAUGGAGUCUCCCACCUCAUUCAGUCCGCCGGUUUGGGCGGCAUGAAGCACAACACGGUCCUGAUGGGCUGGCCUGGAACCUGGAGGCAAUCCAAUGACCCACUGUCCUGGAAAAACUUCAUAGAGACGGUCCGUGAGACCACAGCAGCCCAUCAGGCCUUACUGGUAGCUAAAAAUGUGGACAGCUUCCCCACUAACCAGGACCGCCUCGGGGAGGGAACCAUUGAUGUGUGGUGGGUGGUCCAUGAUGGAGGCAUGCUGAUGCUGCUGCCCUUCCUGCUGAGGCAGCACAAGGUGUGGAGGAAGUGCAAGAUGCGCAUCUUCACCGUCGCCCAGAUGGACGACAACAGCAUCCAGAUGAAGAAGGAUCUCCAGAUGUUCCUGUACCACCUGCGGCUGGACGCUGAAGUAGAAGUGGUGGAGAUGCACGACAACGAUAUCUCAGCCUUCACGUAUGAGAAGACGCUGGUGAUGGAGCAGAGGUCUCAAAUGCUCAAACAGAUGCACCUUUCCAGGACCGAGAGAGAAAGAGAGAUUCAGAGUAUCACUGACGAGUCGCGUAGCUCGAUCCGGAGGAAGAACCCGGGAGCCGCCGAGAACUCCAGCGUCAGCCGGCAGUCCUCCACGGCGGAGGACACUCAGGAGGACGAGGCUCAGCUCAUCCACGACAAGAACACAGCCGCUCACGUCGCCAUGAACGACAAGGCCGAAGCCGGUCCUGAGCGGGUCCACAUGACCUGGACCAGGGAAAAGCUCUUCACGGAGCGGAACCGCAACCGGGAGGCCAACGCCAACGUGGCGGUCCGGGACCUGUUCAACAUGAAGCCAGAGUGGGAGAGUCUGAACCAGUCGAACGUCCGUCGCAUGCACACGGCGGUCAAGCUGAACGAGGUGGUGGUCAACAAGUCGCAGGGAGCCCAUCUGGUGCUGCUCAACAUGCCGGGACCACCGAAGAACAGAGGAGGAGAUGAAAACUACAUGGAGUUCCUGGAGGUUCUGCUGGAAGGCCUGAACCGCGUCCUCCUGGUGCGCGGAGGAGGCCGAGAAGUCAUCACCAUCUACUCCUAAAAGAGAAAGAAAGAAUGAAAACUGUUAUCACUGCACAUGAGGGCGGGUCGCCAUGGAUACCAAUCACCAGGCUUUUUUUUUUUAAGGAAAAAGGCCAGUAUGGUUGUAUGAAGGGUAGGUGGUUGUUGCAUAGCUGGGAGGGGUCGCUCAUGACUGAUUGAAGGACUUUGGUGUGCCCCCCCCCCCUCUCUGAGGGAAGGUAGAGCCUAGAGACACUUUAUAUCCGUCAGCUAACCUGAACCGUUCUGUUCGCUCCGUCGUGUAUUGAUGUUGUGGAGUCGCCACCUCUUCUCUCUUUACGUCGUUCAUCUCAACCUUUUAGCUUUCUUUGUUUAUUUUCUCCAUGUUGUUUCUGUUGCGUUCAGCUCUGGACCUACGAGGAAAACCCUCACAGAGGUUAAAGGUCGACCUGCGGAGACGUUCGAUCCGAUUGAAUUAGUUAAGACGCUGCUCUGCGGGUAAACACUGCUCCUCUUCCUCACGCGUCAACGCCUCGCCGCGUCUCUCCGUGUUAAAGGACCAGCCUGUGGGAGGCUUCAUCUGCAACCCUUCACAUUUCCAUUCAAGAUCUUUGUUUCUAGGGAAAAUAGCCAUAACUAACGUUCAGCUUGUGCUUUUUAGAAGAUCUGCUGGAGUGUUUGGUUGGGAACAAAUAUGUGAUGAGAUUUUUACUUUUUUUUGGUUUUUAAAUAAGCUGUUUAACAGCAUGCGAUAGUGGAACGUUUUAAAGAUUUCCACUAAAACCCGAUGAAGAGGAUUGUUGGUAUUAAACGUUAGUCGGCUGCGAUUCGACGACGAAUCUCCCCAAACUGUUCUGGUUACAGCACUGUUAACUUUGCACAUCCUUUCUUUGAGCACUUAACUCACUUUCACUUGAUUUUUCUCAAGCCAAUAUUAUUGUCAGCACCACUAGAUUGUUUCAAAAGAAGCUAGAAGAAGGCAAUUGUUUAUUUUUUUUUAUUGUUAUUAGUCUUGUUUGGGUGUUUUUAUGAUGUUAUAUUCAGCAGAAUUUUGAGUCCCAGACUGAAUAGAUGAGUUCUGUACGAGGAAGGAAAAAAAAAAGUGCCAAAAUGACCACAAGGAAACUGUGGAAGUAUGAUUAUUAGUGCAGCUCUGAGUUUCGGCUGCACUGGUUUUACUUUGAUCAUUUUCAUUUUUUCGUUAUUCCGCGGGAACAUUGAAAUAAACACAGGAUUAUUAUUCUCAGUGGUCUCUAUGCGGCUGAAUCAGGGCAUUUCAACCCAUGUUAUGUUGCUUCAGAGGCUCUGAGGAGGAAGGAUGACCCCCCCCCACCCGCUCGCUGCGCUGCGUAUACCUCCACAGUUUCUGCUCCUGAUUAGCCGUGCAGUAUUUUAUCCAAACCGAGUCCCGUUUUCCUGCACUUCUGUGAGGAGAAGGAGACUUUAUUUAAUUUCUACUUGUCGUUCGUUGAUGUGUGGGACUUUAUAGAUGUUUUUCUUUUCUUUGUAGUGUUUGUUAAAUUAUACAUGAUCUGUUACUUUUAAGUGUUUAUUACAGGCAUGACUUUUACAAAAACAAGAGGAUGAGUUUGUGUAAAGACUGCUGCAGAUGUCUUUAUUUUAUUUUCUGUAAGAAACACAAAACGCACAGAGAAAAGAUCCAGAGCGAGUCUGGAGCCGAGCUGAUGUUGGAGUUCUGCGUCGACAUGAAGUUCAAUGUUACUGUUUGUUUGGCAUCUAUACUAACCAAAGAUUUAAAUAAAAUAAACAACAAAAAAAUAUAUAUUAUUUUGGAAAGUUGUGAGGUUGUAUAAAUAAAGAGGGUUUCUGUUUUUUA